CUUUUCAGGGUAUCUUUCCUCUAACAUCCCUCUGAAAUCAAAACUCCACAUUCCCUACUUUUCUCUGCCUUUCUGAAAGCCUUUUCCUUCGAUACGCACGUUGGGUUUUCUUCGUUCUCCAUUCUCCUCGAUUGGGUUUUCUUCGAUCGAUUUAAUCUUGUUUGUUCUGUGAGGAUUCCGGUUGAACACAAAGAUGGCUUCUCUUGGGUCUCUUCCUUUCGGGACGACAAUGGAGAAAUCUCUUCUUCUUCCCACCAGAAGCAGUCUACAGCGUAGAUUUGCUUUCUUCGCGUUUUGCCGAAGCAAUUCUCUCGAUUCGGGUUUUAAUGGUUUCAAAUUCGGGUUUCGGAAGGUGGCCGAUAUCGAUAUGUAUUCUGGUUUUGUUUCGGAUGGCAGGAAAGUGAUAGAAGGGUCUUGUGGAGGGAAGCUUUGGAGAAGAAAGGGUAUGAGAGCGGCCGGCGUAAGUGGUGCGGAGAGAGGUGGUGAGGAUGAUAGUGAUGCGGAUGCUGCAAUUCAGGAGACGGUCGACAGUAAGAAGAAGGUUCUAGCAAUGGAGAAGUACCAACUUCAACAGAUUGCGAAAAUGAAGCAACUUGUGUUACCCAUAAAGAAUAACAUUGUUGGCACAGAAGAGGAGACCGUUUCUUAUAGUGGGAGUGCUGUUUCUAUCUCGAAUCUAGAUUUUCCUUCCACUGAUGAAGAACUCGAUUUUGAUGCUGAAAAGGAGGAACCUGGGAAAAGCUACCCACUUGAGAAAGCUUCCUCAUCAGUAGAUUCUCAUGAGGAGUUCCAAGAAACAGCUCAGUUGACAACGCCAUCAUUGCUCCCUAGAACUUCUGAAACUCAUGGUCCAAAAGAAGAAAAGAUUGAGGAGCCAACAGAAACAAAUAUAAAGGGUGUCAGUGGUGAACUUGAUGUGGCUCCUGAGGCAGAAGUAAAAAAUCCACCUCCUUUGGCUGGGGAGAAUGUCAUGAACAUCAUAUUGGUAGCUGCAGAAUGUGCUCCCUGGUCCAAAACAGGUGGGCUUGGAGAUGUUGCUGGAGCAUUACCAAAGGCUUUGGCUAGGCGUGGGCAUAGGGUUAUGGUUGUGGCACCACGGUAUGGGGAGUAUCAUGAAGCCCAAAGAGUGGGAGAAUACAGAAGGUAUAAGGUGGAUGGGCAGGAUCAUGAAGUUUCUUAUUUCCAUGCAUACAUUGAUGGUGUGGAUUUUGUUUUUAUGGAUAGCCCUGUGUUUCGCCACCGUGAAAAAAAUAUCUAUGGUGGAGAACGACGGGACAUACUAAAGCGCAUGAUUUUGUUCUGCAAGGCAGCUGUUGAGGUUCCUUGGCAUGUUCCUUGUGGCGGUAUCUGCUAUGGAGAUGGGAACCUGGUUUUCAUUGCGAAUGAUUGGCACACUGCAUUGUUGCCAGUUUAUCUCAAAGCGUACUAUCGUGACAAUGGAAUGAUGAUGUAUACCCGGUCUGUUCUCGUGAUUCACAACAUUGCACACCAGGGACGGGGUCCGGUGGACGAUUUUGCGAUUGUGGACUUACCAGAUGACUACAAGAACCUUUUCACAUUGUAUGAUCCAGUUGGGGGUGAACAUUUCAAUAUCUUCGCGGCGGGCCUGAAAACUGCUGACCGUGUAGUCACUGUUAGCCAUGGUUAUGCCUGGGAGCUGAAAACAUCAGAAGGUGGUUGGGGUCUGCAUGGGAUCAUUAACGAGAGCGAGUGGAAAAUGAAGGGUAUUGUCAAUGGGAUCGAUACAGAAGAAUGGAACCCAAAACUGGAUACCCACCUAACAUCUGAUGGCUACACCAAUUACUCUCUGGAGACUCUUCGAACAGGCAAGCCCAAAUGCAAAGAAGCUCUCCAGAAAGAGCUCGGUCUGCCAGUCCGGCAUGAUGUUCCUCUGAUUGGCUUUAUUGGGAGGUUGGACCCCCAGAAAGGUGUUGACCUCAUUGCUGAGGCCAUCCCUUGGAUGCUCAGUCAGGAUGUGCAGUUGGUUUUGUUGGGAACCGGAAGACCGGAUCUUGAAGAAAUGCUUAGGCGAUUCGAGAGUCAAAACCCUGACAAGGUAAGGGGAUGGGUCGGUUUCUCUGUGAAAGUGGCGCAUCGCAUAACAGCAGGUGCAGACAUGCUACUGAUGCCAUCGAGAUUCGAGCCAUGCGGACUGAACCAGCUCUAUGCAAUGAGUUAUGGGACUGUUCCUGUCGUUCAUGCUGUUGGUGGAUUGAGAGACACCGUGCAGCAGUUUGAUCCAUUUAUGGAGUCUGGACUUGGAUGGACGUUCGAUAGAGCGGAAGCAAGUAGGCUGAUAGAUGCACUUGCGAACUGCUUGCUCACAUAUAGAGAAUACAAAAGCAGUUGGGAGGGGCUCCAGAGACGCGGGAUGAUGCAAGAUCUCAGCUGGGACAAUGCUGCUCAGCAUUAUGAGGAAGUACUUGUAGCCGCCAAGUAUCAAUGGUGAUCUUUGGAGUGUGAGAGACAUCAGUUGGUUCAACUUCGAGGAUCUGGAUUCUCCGAAAUCAGAAUCUCAUCAUGCAGCUGUUUAUCUUUAAUGCUUAAAAUGUCCAACCGAGCAAGGAGAGGAGGCUGCCAACACCCAUUUCCUGGUGUAAAAUUUUUAGCACUUUGUUUUAUUCAUUCUUUAUUUCCAUUUUUAUAGGUUCAUAAAGGAAAUGCAUCUCCACCGCCAGGAUGGUUCAGC